GCCAUUUAUUGCCAUUGCCAUUGCCAUUUAUUGCCAUUGCCAUUGAAUCUCUCGCUCGCCUCUCCAGACCCUACCUUGUACUUCUUACCCCCUCUAUCAUUAUACCCAUCAUUCACUUACGACUUCCUCCCUACCCUCCAUACUACACACCCCGUUCUGUCUACGGAGUACUACUUCGUAAUUCGUCGUCGCGCUGCCUUCGGCUCGUCCUACUCCACUCCGGUAGUCGCUAAUACCUGCAUCGACAAUCUCCAAUUUUAAGCUGCAAUCUCGCUAAACUGCCUCUCUAGGCCUCGCUGCUCAGCCCGGGACUCUUUCGACUCUCGACCAGACUACCACCCAAAGUAGAGAGCUCCAACUCGGAUUUGAGUGCGCGACCAAAGCCUCAAGCCUCCAGCCUCCAACUUCGUGACCUGUCCUGCAUCACUGCAAUUGUCUGUCGCAUCAUCAUUGUCGCAUCCUCUGUGGCGGCUCGGCCAGCUAUCGACAAUCGCAUUCCUAGUCCUGACGAGUAACGAGAUCGGACGGUCUGGCUCCUGAAAGAACCGACUCCCGUGAAAGCUCCCCCGAAGGUCAAUCCAAGCACGCGUGAACCUCCCCAAGUCUUUGACCAACCCGACAUCACAGAUUGAUCGUCUCCAAGACGUCCAGUCGCUUGCCCACAAUCGGCUCUCGCGAUUCUCGCAUUGCCCUCGAUGAGUAAUGAGAUAGUACAGCCGACUGAGCAAAGCUUGAGCCGGUCAGCUUCUACGGAAGGUACGAAAGGGAAACCACCUGCGCUGGAUACCUCUGCAUGUAUGUAUACCCUCCUCCACCAGACUCACCCACAGCUUGACCUGGUCGAACAUGGCCCUCAUCGUGCAACGCAGGCAAGAUCGGAAUGCUGAUAAGUACCUGUAGUUACAAACACUUCCCAGCCCCCCAGUUCCUCAACCCAAACAACUGCGCAAGGCACCACGAACACAGAGAAUUACGAUCCACCAGUUCUACAAAACGAGAACGACUAUUUGCAGGCAUCUGACGACCCAAAAAAGAAUCGAAGCCAUCUCCACGUUCCAUCGAGAUCCUCCUCCCAAAAGGUUCAACCAUCACCAACUUCUACGGGCUUGAGCGGUGUGACUGCAAGCGACCCAAGAGACAGCAUUAGUGGGCGGUCGAAGGAGUCCAAGGGGAGCAUACUUGGUCGGAGGCGGCAUGGGAGUACGAGCAGUAGCAAAAUGUCAACUACACAAGGCCCUUCUACUGGCCCAGCUGGAAACAGCACCAUCAUCAGCGCUACACCCAUUAGACAACCGAAGAAGAAAAGUAGCAUCUUGUCGUUCUUAAGCUGCUGUAUUGCCCCGGACGAUGCCAAUCCAGUGGACGGUGGAUCAGCAGUACCGGCAAACAAAAUCUCCAAAGUGCCAUCGGGGCGCCCAAUGACUGCCAGCCGACCAGAUCAAGCUACGAUAAACCAACAGAGCAGCGCCAUGAACCAGCCCCAGACCGAAAAGGAAGCCUUUCAGAGGGGAGACCCUGUGACCAAGUUAAAUGGAAGUGAGGGCCUUGAUACGAACAUGGGCACGCAAAAUACCUUGCCUCCUGCCCCAGCACCACCGACAACUAACGGCGACUUGAGCCGGCCAGGAAACACGCGUGAGCAAUCAUCGCCAGAAGUACCUAGUGAAGCUGAGUCCUCAAAGGCACCCGAGGGGACUUCUGCCAUGGUGACUACCCCUGAGCCAACAAGGUCUUCAAUUCCAGCCGAUUCCUCCCGAGACCAGAAAGAUGCAGAAGGUGACGUGAAGAUGAGCGAUCCUGAACCUAUAUCUCAGAAAGAUGAAGCAUCAAUUCCUGGUACCAAGGAUGAAAGCGUCAAGCAAGUAUUACCACCACCUCCUCCAGUUCCUCAGCAACCAGGCCCAAGCGAUGAGCCUGCGCCAGAUUCGACUGAGCAAAAGCAACAAUGGUUACUCCCACCUAUUGCGCCUAGAUUUCAAGGGAAGAAAUGUCUGGUGUUGGAUCUCGACGAGACACUAGUACACAGCAGUUUCAAAGUACGUUGAUUUCUCAUAUAUGUUGACUUCACGUGCUAAUUUUUACCAGAUUUUACAUCAAGCCGAUUUCACGAUUCCUGUCGAAAUCGAGGGCCAGUAUCAUAAUGUAUAUGUGAUCAAGAGACCUGGUGUCGAUCAGUUCAUGAAGCGUGUCGGUGAACUCUAUGAAGUUGUUGUCUUUACGGCAUCUGUUUCAAAGGUGAGAAGCAGUAAAUCUAAUUUUGAUUGAGUAAUUUACUAAUUCAUGAUAGUAUGGUGACCCUCUGUUAGAUCAACUUGACAUACAUAACGUGGUUCAUCAUCGUCUGUUCCGGGAAAGUUGUUACAACCACCAAGGCAAUUACGUCAAGAAUCUUUCACAGGUCGGACGUGAUCUCCGAGAAACCAUCAUCAUCGACAACUCACCAACCUCUUACAUCUUCCACCCUCAACAUGCUGUACCAAUCAGCAGUUGGUUUUCCGACGCUCACGACAACGAACUCCUAGACUUAAUUCCCGUUCUCGAAGAUUUGGCCGGCUCGCAGGUUCGAGAUGUGAGUCUCGUCCUCGAUGUCGCCCUCUAAAUUCGAUUCAUACGUGACGCAAUAUAUCUUGCUAUCAUAGCGGAAGGCGUUCGGUUGAUACCUUUAGUUUCAUUGUAGAAUGUACUGUUUAAUUUACAUAAUGGGCAUCCAGGCGAGCCAGCUCGGCCUUUAUGUGACGAAAAGAAGAACGACUAGCACUUGGAGCAAUCCCCGACAAACGGACUCAGUCUAGAAGGGAAAGAAAAUUAUGGUGUCUCUUCGAGGCGCUGUAGGGAGGGGACACAACCAUCAAGAGAACCCAGCCUUGGGAAAAAGAGAACGACAGAACAGUUUUAAAGGAAAUCUUUCCUGCGGUUUUCUAGCAAAAAGAAAGGGUUCUCACGCCCAAAAAAUACUGGGGGAGGAUGAUGGGAUAUUUGGCGAUGGAAGGAAAAAAGCAGCCCACUACCUCUUUUUGUUUUUUUUCCUUUGUCAAUUAUCCAACAACUCUUUCUUUUCUUCAAGCUUUCUUCACGCCUUGGCUGGGAUUGUCUCCUCGUCAACUUCAACUUUCUGCCUGUGUUUUUCCUUUUUUUUCGUUUCUCUUCGGCGUAUGAUCAUUCUCCCUCUUGCAUUGACCAGAGGGCUCUUCUUUUUUUUCAUUCUCACUAACCCGCGUUUUUUUUCCUUAUCUAUCUGUAACAAAUCAUAGUCGAAGGUCAUUGAUAAUGAAUGCCUUCGCGAGGGAGAGAUGAGCAUAUAAGACAUUCGGGUCGUUAGCGGAUGAGGUUUGAGUGCGUAGCGUCUGGAGCAAAAUCCCAAUUGUAAAUUUUAUGGACCACCACCUUUUGGAAUUAAUUAAUUUGAAUAUGUG